UUUUGAACGGCUGACACAGUUUCGGAGUUCAGCGGAUCGAGCGGACUACGCCACACUAGUAUUCAGUUCAGUGCGCAAAAAAGGCCAAAAGGAAAACCAGAACAACUUUUAAAAUAGGCAAGAUAAAAGAAGGCAGACCAUACAUAUUUAAAGGAAAACACCAUACCCUUUCUGUCUUUAAGCCAGCUCUUUCAAACAAACACACACAUACAAAUACCCUGGCAUGCAUAUGGCAUAACACGGCCAAAAGGAUUUUCAUAAGUCAGAUUCUGUGUGUGAUAAAGUGAAGUUUUGGUGCAAAAAUCAAGUAUUCAAUGCAAGCAGUCCUGCAAUUUAUUUACAGCUUGGAAAAUUGGUGAAUCGGAGAGUUGGAGAAGUUUUGAACAUCAAACAUAAACAGAGUCAUGUAGUGAGCGACCGAGGGCAGCAUUUUUAGCGCACAAAAAAGUGAUUCAAACACAUCCGCAGACGGAGAGGAAAAGCCGAGCAGCCGGAGUGGGCGCUGCAAAAGUGCAACAGCUGCGCAGGAAACCGAAGCGAAUAGAGGACGCCAUCUAAAAACCAUUUCAGACUCUAAGCCAAGUCCAAUAAAUCCGAAACCAGAUUCGAGUGGCGAGUACCGAGCAACCAGAACCCAGUUUCCAGUUUCCAGUUCCCAGAUUCCGGAUUCUAAAGCUGCUGCGGCGGGAGAAUGUGUAGUGCAACCCACGGGCGGCAGCUUCAAGUGGCAAUUGUGGCAGCAGCGGCGAACUCAACCGGAUAAUAAGUUGUGGAUGCGGCUUGCAGCGCCGGGCAGGCAUCCCGAAUCCGCCAGACACACCAGUUCCGUACCGAGAUACCCAGCGAGCAGAAAUCGCGAAUCACGAAUCGCGAACAGCCAGAGCACCAGAGACAAGUGGUCAGUGCCAGUGACGUCAGGCCAAAGUAGGCCACCACCCAUCGCUACCGCUUCAGCCAGCCAUCGCCGCCCUGCGCAUCCGCGUCAUGGCCACCUCCUGUCGGCAGAGCAGAGUCCUGCCCAUGUCCUUGCCCCUGCCCCUGGCCAUCCCGCUGCCUCUGGUACUGGUGCUAUCGCUGCACCUGUCCGGCGUCUGCGGCGUCAUCGAUCGCCUGGUGGUGCAGACGUCCUCCGGACCCGUGCGCGGUCGCUCCGUGACGGUGCAGGGCAGGGAGGUGCAUGUCUACACGGGCAUCCCCUACGCCAAGCCGCCCGUCGAGGACCUACGCUUCCGAAAGCCGGUGCCCGCGGAGCCCUGGCACGGCGUCCUCGACGCCACCCGCUUAUCCGCCACCUGCGUCCAGGAGCGUUACGAGUACUUCCCCGGCUUCUCCGGCGAGGAGAUCUGGAACCCCAACACCAACGUGUCCGAGGACUGCCUCUACAUUAAUGUCUGGGCGCCGGCAAAGGCUCGUCUCCGCCAUGGGCGGGGUGCCAAUGGAGGCGAGCACACCAAUGGCAAACAGGCGGACACUGACCAUCUCAUCCACAACGGAAAUCCGCAGAACACGACCAACGGACUGCCGAUUCUGAUCUGGAUCUAUGGCGGUGGCUUCAUGACCGGAUCGGCCACCCUGGACAUCUACAAUGCGGACAUCAUGGCCGCCGUGGGCAAUGUGAUAGUGGCCUCCUUCCAGUAUCGAGUGGGCGCCUUUGGCUUCCUGCACUUGGCGCCGGAAAUGCCGUCCGAAUUCGCGGAGGAGGCGCCUGGCAAUGUGGGCCUAUGGGAUCAGGCACUCGCCAUUCGCUGGCUAAAGGACAACGCUCAUGCCUUUGGCGGAAAUCCGGAGUGGAUGACCCUGUUCGGGGAAUCGGCUGGCUCCAGUUCGGUGAAUGCCCAACUCAUGUCGCCGGUCACCAGGGGUCUGGUCAAGCGGGGCAUGAUGCAGUCGGGCACCAUGAACGCUCCCUGGAGCCACAUGACAUCCGAGAAGGCCGUGGAGAUCGGCAAGGCGCUGAUCAACGACUGCAACUGCAAUGCAUCCAUGCUGAAGACCAAUCCCGCUCACGUGAUGAGCUGCAUGCGCUCCGUGGACGCCAAGACCAUAUCGGUGCAGCAGUGGAACUCCUACUCGGGCAUACUCAGCUUCCCCUCGGCGCCCACCAUUGAUGGAGCGUUUCUGCCGGCGGAUCCCAUGACGCUGAUGAAGACGGCGGAUCUGAAGGACUACGACAUCCUGAUGGGAAAUGUCAGGGAUGAGGGCACUUAUUUCUUGCUGUACGAUUUCAUCGAUUACUUCGAUAAGGACGAUGCCACGGCCCUGCCACGGGACAAAUACCUGGAAAUUAUGAACAACAUUUUCGGCAAGGCAACGCAAGCGGAACGCGAAGCCAUCAUUUUCCAGUAUACCAGUUGGGAGGGUAAUCCGGGCUAUCAGAACCAGCAGCAAAUCGGACGCGCCGUGGGCGAUCACUUCUUCACCUGCCCCACCAACGAGUAUGCCCAGGCUCUGGCGGAGCGAGGCGCCUCCGUGCACUACUACUACUUCACACACCGCACAAGCACCUCGCUGUGGGGCGAAUGGAUGGGCGUGCUACACGGCGAUGAGAUCGAGUACUUCUUUGGCCAGCCGCUGAACAACUCCCUGCAGUAUCGACCUGUGGAGCGUGAGCUGGGCAAGCGUAUGCUCAGUGCGGUCAUCGAGUUUGCUAAGACGGGAAAUCCCGCUCAGGAUGGCGAGGAGUGGCCCAACUUCUCCAAGGAGGAUCCCGUCUAUUAUAUUUUCAGCACCGACGAUAAGAUCGAGAAAUUGGCCAGAGGUCCUUUGGCGGCUCGCUGCUCGUUCUGGAACGAUUACUUGCCAAAAGUCAGGAGUUGGGCAGGUACUUGCGAUGGCGAUUCGGGAAGUGCUUCCAUAUCCCCGAGGCUCCAGCUCCUUGGAAUCGCUGCUCUGAUCUACAUCUGCGCCGCAUUGCGAACCAAAAGGGUUUUCUAAAAGAAACCCACUCCCGGAAAAUACCACACACACACACACACACUGGAACACACCCACACCCCAUCACAGCCACAACCACACACACUUAAAGUUAGAACACGUUAAUAAUAAAAUUUAGCAGAGGGAAACCAAAUUUUUAGUAGGCGCAGACAUUUGUGUAGGAGCAGAACUUAGUACAGAACUUAGUAGGAUCGGUUUGAGCAAUUCGAUGGCAAUUGCUGAACAUUUGUAAAUUAAACUUAGAGCUCUACGCACCCUUAGGCAGUCAAUGGUCGGGUAGGGUCCUUCGAAGGACUCUGUGCAUCCUGGCCAGACUCCAGAGACCACUGUAGCCACAUGCCACAUGCCACGCGCCAUAGGCCAGGCCCAAACCAAAUUGUUUUUUGUGGAGCACAAUGCUAAAUCGCUUAAUUUGAAGAAUUGGCCAAGGGAUAGGCGGAAUUUUUGAUAAAUAUUAAUGCAGAUAGAACUAAAAUGUUUGUCAUUUUGCCUUUGGGGCAGCCAAAAAGAAACAAAGUUUACAGAUACUCGUUUACCGAACGGAAAACUCGCUCAGAUGACAGACACUUUUUUGCCAUGCCCACAUUCUUGAGCGAUAUUUGAGCGCAUUUAAUGGCACAAUUUUAGCAUUCAGUUCAAAACCGAAAAAAGUCCUUGUUGCCUGAAGAUAGUUGGCCAAAUUGCAUUGGUUUCAUGCUUAGGUUGAGGGUUCGUUUGAUUUCGAUUCACAUUCCCAAGGAAAACUACACAAGAAAAUUGUAACCACACGAGAUUCUUAUGAGAAAACCCAAAUGGAAAUUUUCGGAAAAUCAACAAUUGUAUUGUACAAAAAUUGGCAUUGGUUUAUUAGAAGAUGAAAAAUAGAAGCUAAAACCAAAUAAAAAAAGCGGAUUAGUAGCCCCAAAUCAAGCACUACCCAAGACAAAUUUUUCGAAACGAACAAAGCGAAACAAAUUGUAAUAAAGAAUCGAUCGAAAAUGAGGUUUAAGCAUAGUACGGGGCAAAGACGGAGAUGAUAUUUAUAAUGCAAAACAUAUCAGUAUAUUAUUGUAUUUGUACUAAACGUUUUACAAAUUGGCUUAGUGAGAAAAUUGUACGGAGGAAAAUGAAAUGAUUUAAUACUAAAUAAUGGUAAUUAGAAAUUUUAUACACAUAGCGAAAUUGGAUCAAUGAUUAACACAAAACGUAUUGUAUGAUGAGUAACGUAUAUGUACUUGGUAUGUCUAUAUCUAUAAAUAAAUAUUGUUCGAAACGUAAAUCCAGAAAAUGAAAGAUCAUCGUCAACCCUAGAGUUCAGUGUGUGUCGCAGACUAAAUGAGAGCUAAUGAGUAAAAGUAAAAGUAAAAUUUAAAGUAAAAGUAAAAUUAAAAGUAAACGUAAUCGUAAUCGUAAUUGUAACCGGUAAUCGUAACCGUACUCUGUAAUCGUAUUAAAGGCAUAUCAAUAUGUAUUAACUAUGGAAAUCGAAAACCUUUCGAAAUUUACUAAGGUAAGCCACACUGAUAUUAAUUAAGUUAUUUUUAUCAACAAUUAUUAUAAUACCACACACUAUCUGAUAAUACAUAGAUUCAACAAGUAUUAGACUUAUGAAGAACAACAACAUUAACUGUUUGCUAACAUUUGAAAGUUUUAAACCCAACCAAAUAAAAUAAAUAAGAUAACCCAAGAAACCCAAACCAAAAGGAAAACCACAUGGGAAACCAAAUCAAGUAAACGAUUAUUGAAUUGUAUUGUAUUAGGUAUGAGCUGUGGUCAAGGCCUACUGAGCGAUGUUCGCUUUCAACUGUAGCAUCUAGGAAAAUUUAUGUGACCCUCUAGCCAGGUGACGAAUGCACUUAGGACACUGUAUUCGAUUCCGUUAUAUCUGAUACUACUCGUACUCAACACCAAUGCAAGCAACGAUAGCAAGCCACUCACUUAGAAAUCUCCCCAUAGUUAUACGUUAUACGACAAUUGCACCACGAUUAACGAAUAAUUCAACAAUUGAGCGAGAAGCGAAUCGGAAGAAUCAGCAGAUCCACAAGGCAUUCCUAAGUUAUGCAUUACUUUAAAUACUUCUUAAAGGGUUAACCAGCAAGACAAGAACAACUAACAAGACGAAACAAAGAAAACAAGCAAACAAGCAAACAAACAAUUAAACAAAUAAUAACACUGCAUGAUGCAAAUUAAUAACUUAAACAAAAGGAUUUUUUAAAUAUAUGUGGAACAUUUAUAUUUUUAUACCAUGCAAGAAGCGAAAUGAAAACAAAAACCGAAAUUGCGUAAAAAGGAGGUAUUAACAAACGAUAAAUAACUUUAAAAUUUUGUACUAACCCAUUGUCUAAAACUGUGGACACGAAAAAGUGUGAGACGAACUCCAAGAUGACUAGCUUUAAUCCCUACUCCCUAUCCCUAUGAUUGCACCACGUUCGCCUCUUAACCAAAACAUAAAAAAAUGGAAAAAAGUAAAUAAAUCUAGGUAUAUAAAGUAACCGAUUCCAAGACUAGACUUGAUAGUUAAUCCCUUCUGUAGAGACGAGUGGGCCAAAGCGAGUGCUGCCUGUGCCCCGACCCUGCCCACUUGGCCGGCCUCCAAGGUCAGGUGGGAUCACGAGGUCAGAGGUCACCGGAGGCAGUAUUUACUGUGCGUCCACUCACGGUGAGCAUAGAGUUAAUAAAUAUCACACAGAAAAUACACCAGUUUACCGUGUAUUAUGCCUUCUGCCUUCGAGAAAAGAGAAGUGAAAAGUACUCAUUCUACGACUACGUUUACGAUAUUACCAUUUAUAUGCAUUUCUAACCUCCCCACUUAUUUUCGUCUCACCCGAAAUUAGGAAUAUUUUUUUGUCAUUUUGCAUGGUUUUCGGCUCAAGCCAAAGAAUUGACAAUAUAAUAUUUCGCCUUAGAAGCAAAGGAGCAAACGAAUUAAAGACAAAUUCCAAGUGUUAUGCUUAUAGAUCUAAAUUUUUAUACAUGGACAUGGACAUGGACACUUCGUCGUCUGAUUUUUUGGUAAACGUGCACUAAUCGCUACUAGUAUGAUUUGUACAGAUUAUUGCUUUCGUUGCGGUUCUUCCAGGUCAUCUUUAUAAAGUAUAUUAUAUAUAUUAAUGUAAACGAUAGGACAACCACACACACGCACCCACUCACCCACUCACUCACUCUCACACGAACACAUCUCAGUGUGCUUUUGCUGUAGUAGUCUGCCAAUUGUAAAAGAAUUUAUAUAUAAACGAAUCGAAACGGAAACGGAACCACUCAUAUUCUAAUUUAUGAUAAUAAUGAAAGCAUGCUGGUCACACUUAAACACACACGCAUACCCCCAGCACACACAGCAAACCAACACAGACACACAUGCACACACUUGCACACACAGCCAGAAACUCUUCAUAGAAGGACGAAGCGUAGGAAUAGGAAAUACAUGAGCAGGAUCCUUAGACGGUUGAGGUGUUUGUGUUUUGUAUAAAACAGCGAGUACCAAACCGAAGUAGAGGAGACAUAGUUCAAGUUUUUGUUUAUUGUGUAUUACGAACAAGUUAAAAAUUGUAUCAGCUACGACAUCUGAUAAUAAAAUCGAAAUCUAGGUGGUAGACAAAACUCUCUGUACAAUGUAAUAAAUAUGUUGAUUGCUAUACAAUAGACUACAGUACACACUCACUGAAAGCAAGAAGAAUAUAAAUCUGAAUCUGAUAAAGUUAAAACAUAUAAUACCAGAAAACUGAAGAAACCAGGCACAGAAAUGCAUUUGACAUCACAACAAUUCUCACAAUUAGUCUUAAAGGCAGAGGAGAGGUUUAGUAAAAUAAAUACAGAGUCUUUUAUGUAUAAAAAUCAAAUACAUAUCAAUAUAUGGCCUAUGGUUUAUUUAGUUUAAUUAUAUAUUAUGAAUAACACACUCAAAAGCGGCAGGUGUGCAGUAAGGCUCUGAUUUAUGACUUUUUAAGUAGGCAAUUUGUAUAAAUUAAGCAGCAAGCAACACAAUACAAGCAGAUACAAGCCAGAGAACGGAAAACAAAAAACAAAAACAAAUUGUGGUUAAAUAUGUGUUCUUACUUGUUAGUGGUAAUAAAACAAAGGUAAAAGUUUAACAAACGCAAAUUAGGCAACCAAACUGUAAUUAUAACUGUUAGCUUUUAAUCAUGCCAAGCAUUUUCCGUUCAAUUCCCCCGAAUUUGCGUUGCGAAAACUCGCUUGAAACUCUAUGUUUUCACUUAGAACACACGGAUUAGCUUAUAUUGCAAACUGUAGUCGCAAACACACUCAAACUCAAACACACUCACACUCACACACCCAUGGGAGCACCCACACGCCGACAACUGCCCGUUUGAGUAAUGUGUAAUGGCUAUGGAACUACUUAAUGGCUAACAAACACUCGCCGCGGGCAGCACUAAUGCAAAUAAAGUUAAAAGGUAGCUAAAAAUAACAACUAAGACCACUUUUGCUCGAGCAAAAGAGCAAAAGUCACGAGCAGAUCGAAAAUUAAUAAAUCGAAACUCAUAAAAGUGGACACAGACACCCAAACACAUACAGUCAGUUAGUACAAUGGCAGCUCCAAAAGUCCUCAUCUUGUGUUCCAAAUUUGAAUAUAUAUUAUAUACAUAUGAUUUGAUGGCGACGCUUUAGUGUUCAGCAAAAGUAAACAAAUAUGAAACCGACAAAUUAAUGCAGAAUUCUAUUUAAUGUAUAUGACGAUGUUUGUUUGUGUGUCAGUGACGGAACGUUGUUAACGAUUAAAUUAUAAUUAUAAUUAUAAUUAUUAUUGUCGCAGAACUUACUUUAAAUUCAAGGAACACGAAAUGGAAGAUCAUUUCGCGCAGACGACAGAUAACAUAUGCAAAACAUAAUUGCUGUUUUAAGAUAUUAACUAUAUAUAAAUAUAUAUAUAUAUAUAUACAGACAUACAUCUAGAUUGAAAAUAUGACAUGAGCAUACAAAAUGUAGGGAUCAUUUUACUGAAUAUUAUAUACAUACUACUACAUAUAAUCGAAACCAAAAAAAAAUUCUGCUAAACAAGGAAAAAUAAAACCACAAUUGAAAUGCUAAAUGUAAUACGAUUACCGAAACUCAAGAGAAAGUAUGAAACUACCAAGAGAAAAAGUAAUGUGUAAACAAUUGAAACCCGCAUUGAGGCAGCAUAAAGAAUACAAAAAUUUAAGUGAAAUUAUAUUACGAAAUAUAUUGUAUAUCGAUACAAGAUGGAUACAAGUAAAAUACAAAUAAAACUCAUGUAUCAUGUACUAAACAAA